GACCAUGAAUGGCAACAGCACCGAGGAGGCCGAGGGAGAGCAAAAAGGAGGCGGUUUGCCUUUGUAGUCGAGGAGGAAUGCGGAAAUGUCCUCUCUCCGUGUCAAACCUCUCUGAAGGGGGUCAGGACACAUUCAGCCGGCGUGGGAAAGCCGGGCCAGAGACGGAGAGAGCUGCAUGGAAGCCUAUCCGGGGAUGUGUGGCAGGGGAGAAAAAACAGCAGAAGAAAGAAAGAAAGGAGAAAAUCCAAAGAAGAGCGUGUUUUUUUUUUUUUUGGGGAGGGCUGUAUCACGAUUUUGCCUUUGUCCUAUGACCCCCCCCCAUCCUGCACACACACACAAAGUUGCAGUGAGAGUGGGUGUGAGUGAGUUUUCGUACAGCCCUCCUCCUCCACCUCCUCCACCUCCUCCUCCUCCCUCCUCUGAGUGUCUCUGCCCGGCCUGGUGCAGUGUGAGGGAUGGGGGAUUAGAGCCUACACCCUCCGACUACCUGUGUGGCCCCCGCAUGGAGGACAGAGGACAGGGAUGCGUUUGAUGCAGGACCUUUUACCCGAGAAACGAAUGCCUCCUCAGCAUUGUCUCGGACAUGCCGAAGUCACAACAUAUACCAAGGCAUUGCAUGUGCCACCUUUUUUCUGUGAAUAUGCCUUUGUGAGAAACCCUCUGGCUCGUCACCCUCGCCGGGAUUCCCCGCAAUAGUUUCAACGAGAGACGAGAACAAAACAAAAAAAAGCAACAAACCCAACCAAUCUGCAAACAUGGACAAAGACAGUACUGGUACUCAAUAUGAACCUGUGGCCGAGAUUGGAGAAGGAGCUUAUGGGAAAGUGUACAAGGCGAGGGAUCUGAAGAACGGGGGACGCUUUGUAGCCCUGAAGAGAGUCCGAGUACAGACUGAGGAGGAAGGGAUGCCUCUCUCCACCAUCCGGGAGGUGGCGGUACUGAGGCAGCUGGAGGCCUUCGAGCACCCCAAUGUUGUCAGGUUGUUUGAUGUGUGUACGGUCUCUCGGAAUGACCGAGAAACCAAGCUCACCCUGGUCUUUGAGCACGUGGAUCAGGACCUGACCACCUACCUGGAGAAGGCCCCUGACCCUGGAGUACCACCUGAGACCAUCAAGGAUAUGAUGUACCAGCUGCUCCAGGGGCUGGACUUCCUGCACUCGCACCGAGUUGUUCACCGCGACCUGAAGCCCCAGAAUAUCCUGGUCACCAGCGGAGGACAGAUCAAACUGGCGGACUUUGGUCUGGCCCGGAUCUACAGCUUCCAGAUGGCGCUCACCUCUGUGGUGGUGACGCUGUGGUACAGAGCCCCAGAGGUGCUGCUCCAGUCCAGUUACGCCACACCAGUGGAUCUGUGGAGCGUCGGGUGCAUCUUCGCUGAGAUGUUCAGGAGAAGACCGCUAUUUCGAGGAAACUCAGAUGUUGAUCAGCUGGGAAAGAUUUUUGAUGUUGUUGGGGUACCUUCAGUGGAGGACUGGCCCCAGGAAGUGGCCCUACCACAGAGUGCUUUCAGCCCCCGGCCCCCUAAGCCCAUAGAGGACUUGGUUCCAGACAUGGACGAGCAAGGACGGGCCCUCCUAUUGCAAUUCCUCGCCUUCAACCCCUCCAGGAGGAUAUCGGCCUUCGCUGCUCUCAGCCACCCCUACUUUCAGAGUGUGGACAGCCACAGUAGGAGUGUGUACGCGGCCCAGCCAAUCCCCAGCAACAAGCCCACUAUGGAGGAGAGGACUGCCUGACCGUCCUCCUUCACCCUUAAUCAUCCCAUACAGUGUCUAUAAAGAGUAUUCUGCGCACCCCGCCUUGGUAUUUUUCAUGUUUUCUUGUUUUUACAGCAUUAAAUCAAAGUGUGUUAAUAAAGCUUUUUUGGCACUGAUACACAGAUACAUCUUAUAUGUAGAAGUGAAAAUAAAUCAAUGUAAUUUCAGUACAAAUAUAGAACGCAAAGCGAUUGUCACAGAGGCAUAUAGAAGCUCCUUUGGCAUCAUUUACAUGCUUGAAUCUAUGCGAUAAAAUCUUUCCUAGUGCUUCUUUGCAUAAGUCCUCAAGCUGAGGUUGCAUGGUGAGCAUAACUGAACAGCAGUUUUUAAAGUUCUUAAACUAAUUCUGACUAGAUUGGGAUUUGAACAGAUUUGGAGUGUCGCGCUUUUAAAGACAGUCCUGUGUAGCUAUAAGUCUGUGGGUUGUUGUUUUUUCUACUUGAAAAACAAUCUUCUCACAACAUGACAGCAGCUUUUACUCCAGAACUCUUCUGUGUUCUGCUGCAUUUAUUUUACCCUCUAUCAUUGCUACAACAUUAUGCCACCAACAUCAGACAUAGAGUAGAAUUUAUUGGUCAAAAUACAUUUUUAGCAUCAUUCCACAACAGUCUUCUUUUUCCAACAUCUUUGGGGAAAAAAUGUUGAACUUUGCCAGUUGGCCGUAAAGCUAGAAAUGCAAUACACAAGGCAACCGUUGCUAUAGGCUCAAGGUAUCCCUUCCCAGUAAGGGAACCUUGUACCUUCUUCAGUGUUCACAGACAUCAUUGUGGCCUUAUAGCCUCCUCACACUUAACCUUUAGUUUUUGAGGAGGACCUGCUCCAGACAGAUUUGUACUCGAUACUCAAGUGCCUUCAUAUUUUACUGGUAUCCUAACUAAUUGGUUCUUCUGAAUGUAGCUGUAGUUUAUGCCAGCUGUUUAGCUCUGCAGAUACCGGUGUGUUUAACAAAAAAAAUCACAUCUUCGAUUACCCACGUGAUCGCCAUUCUACCUAUCUUUUUACACUUCUCAAAAGCUGUUGGCUUCAGUGAAGCAAGAUCAUUUGAAUCCAUUUUUAGAGAUUUGUUUUCUCUUUAACUUUGAAGGGACAUUUUAUUUUAUGAUUAUCAGUGUCAAAAAAGCUAAAUCAGAUGAUUUUUGUGUUGAAUGACAUGAAAUAAACCAAGAGGGCGCACACUUUUAUAUUCAAUGUACAAAACUUUAGGAAAGUACUCCUGAAGAGCGGGUAAAGAUUGUGUCAAGAAAGAUGACACCAAACCCUCUCACCCCCUGAAAAAUGCACAAAAGCUAUCCUCCUUCCAUGAACUGAUGGAUCGUUAUUGCUGCUUUUAGGUUGUUAAAUGUUGAUGAUUGACUGUGUUAACAAUGCAAAAAAGACUUGCAUCUCAGAUAGACUGGUAAUAGUGGGCAAGCAGACUAUAGAGGGCCAUGAAGCAGAGGCCUCUUUAUGACCAGUGUUUAGCCUCGCAAGAGCCCCCUUGACUGGGGGACCGGACCACACAGGAUCCUGGGUGGACAGCGUGGAUCUCACCUGCCUUUAUGCUUACUGUGGUUGUGUGCAGUGAGCAGAUAUACAGUACAAUAUAUGUACAAAACAUUUAGUGUGUGCACUACCACUGACAACCUUAUUUACACACCUACUUAUUGAAACAUUAUUGGGCAUCACAAGCCAGCCACCCACUGCCAUGUUGUGUCUUAUCAUUCCAGUCCUACAUGUAUUAUAAUACUGCCACCUUGAGGAUGUCCUGGGUAACUGCAGAGCAGUAGCAGGAUUCUAAUGGUUUCUGCAUUCUUCUGGGAACUCAUCAUAAUGGGCUGAUAUCAGUGCUGAGACAAUGAUGAAAGAACAUAAUAGAAAUACGCCUGCCACUCAUAAGUCUGCCAUCGCAGGCUUUUAUCAUUAUAAGAUACGAUUAUUAUUUACUAUCCGAAUGUUACAGUAAUGCACAGGCUUGCAAUAGGUGGAGAAGGUCCCACCAGCACUAUUCAACACAAAUACAUUUGGCGCAGAAUAGCAUCGCCAAUAUUCUGUAUUUAAUUUAAAUGUUAUUGACAAGUCUUAUAUGCUUGUUUUCAUCAAGUUGUUACUUGAUUUAAAUAUGCUGGGGCAUACAAUAUUCUUACACCAAUUACACCAACUGUUUAGAUGAUUAUAGAUUUUGUGUAAGAAUAGUUUGACAAUGUAAGAAAUGUAUACAGGCGAGGCAGUGGUACUGUACAGUAUAGAGCGCUAAAUACAAGCUGUAAUGAUAGAAACCUUUGAUAUGUGCAUCGUCAGCCCAUAGAUAUGUCGUUAAAAUGGAUAGAUGUAGAGUAGCGAGGGUCUGUGGAAGGUUGUUUGGCAAGAGUAUGUUGUCCAUUGAAAAAUGUGUUGCGGGCGCUAUGGGUGCUUGUUGAAUUUCAUUUGCUUUGGAUUGAGAAUGACUAUGAAUUUUACAUAGCUUUUGAUAAGGAAAUAAUGCAAAGAUAUUUUGUGUACAGUUUUUGCUUAUUUUACAGUCAUGUCCAGUUACAUUCACGUUCAGUUAUUUUUUACCAGAAAGGAAAAAGCAAGUAAUGCAGAGUUGUAUUUUUGUAUGUAGUAGUUCUUUCAGAACAGUAACAUAUUUUAACACUGGUUAACGUUUUCUUAACAGGUAGUGCUGCUAGCACACACACACACAGACACACUCUCUGACUUUCUCAGGUUCUUUUUAUGGUCGUCCGAACCUUUUGGGCACAGUUUGCACAUCUCUGGGCUACUAACUGACCACAUCACAACUCCUUCAGGUUUUCUUUCGAGCUGUUCCAUGAUCAUGUCAUUGAUCAUAGUCUACUGUCAUUACUAUUUAUCAAAUAUAUGUUACUGUAGUCAUUACUGUCUGAAGAUAAUUGCCUGUAUCAACUGUUGUUUUUUUCCAGCAACUUGUAAUUGCUAGAUGGCGAACACAAUGUAGAUUCAUGUAUAAUUGUCUGUUAACUAAGCACUGUGUGAAUUUUCUAUUUGAUAAUGACUCACAUCUGGUGUCAGUGAUGCGUAAUGCAAUGAAUGCCCUAAAUAGAAUUUGAAAUAAUGACUGUUAAUACAUUUCACACAAAACUGAAGUCAACUGUUGAGCUUUUACAACCUUCCCUGUUUUGAAACCAAUGUAGCUUCAUCCAUCCUGUAACUCAAAUCACAUGUUAUGUUCCUGUGUCACAUUUCUUUUUAGCAUACGGAAAUGGCGACUGGGAAAAACACAAUCAUGGCAUUAUACUUGUGUAUGAAUGCAGGCAUUGGUGUCUUAUUAAUGUGUUGCACCAGUUGAAUAAAAAGCAGC